AUGGCCCAUGGAGGUGGCAUCUGCUCAACGGCUGUGCUGGAGGAGAAACCAGCGGCAUGUGUGGCUAGCAGCACAGCCUUGGCUAUUAGGAACUCCACGAUAAUCGCCCAUCGGUUGUCCAUUUAUCUGCCCCAAUUACUUCUACCCUCAAGGGAUCCCCAAAAGCUUAUUACUGAAAUUAACUGUCAUGUGGCCCAGUUCCGAGAGUUGCUCAUCUUUAUAGGUCAGGCUCGGGAUUCCCCAGAGCUACGUGAGAAGAUUAGAAAGCUGAGGCGGAAUUGCGUGGAUGCCUGCAAGCAUACAGCUCAUUUGAUUACUCCCCAACCGCGACACUGCUUAGGCAGUCCCAGUGAAAGGAUGCACUUGACCCUGCUCUUUCAUCUUACCCAGCAAUUUCAACAUGAACUUAUCAAGAGUCAUCGCCUGAUCCAACUGGUACCCUUGGACAUGACGGAGUACUAUGCACCUUCCCGCACUGCUCCUUCCAAUCUGGGCAACGUCAUUAGUCAGUUCUUGUUGUGCAAGCAAAUUAAUCCUGAUUUUCAGCAGGAGGAACUAUGCAGCAUAGUCAAGGACUCUCAAGAGCUGACUGAACUUUUGGAAGAGCUGCAAGCUCACAUGCCCUUGGCAGAGGCAUCUCCAGAAUCUGACCUGGAUCCAGCACAGAAAUCUGAGAGUAGCCUUGUUUCCCUCAACACCCCGGCUUGGUAUGCCAGACAACGUAGACGGAGUUGCAAAAGCCGCAGCCGUAGUCUUUGCUGCUGUCUGGCCAAAAACCAAAACAAAACUUAUUAAUGAAAGUACCUUUGGGAGGUUUUCAACUUGAUCACAGAUUACCAGUUCUUAGUAUUUUAUAAUUUGUAUAGUUGGUAGAUCUCAUGUAAAGGAAGUGAAAAACUUUGGAAGAUAGAGCCCCAUUAUCAGCUAGGAAAUAGUGAUUUAACAUCCACAAACAAGUCACUAAAUCUAUAAUUACUGCAAUGCUCAAUGAUAGCGGAACAACUUUGAGAAACGAUAAAAUGUGUUCCCAGAAAUGAUAAUAACCGUAAUAUCGGAAAUGUGGGACAUCAAAGAGUCACCAGGUAAUAACCGUAAUGAAAGCGAUUAAAAGAAAUACAAACCAAAAAUACAAAUCGAAUGUUGGUUUUUUCUCGUUUCGUGGAAUCCCAAAAAAAAAAACAAUGAUGAAAUCCGAAAUCUGUGUCUCUUAUAUGGACAAAGGGUGAUAAAUUCACUGAAAGCAGGUGAAAUCCCACUUUACAGCGACAAAGAAAGAUGUCACAUUUAUUGGCGAGAAUCCCAGAAGCCUCAGAAGUGUUUACCUACCACUUAGUAAAGCAGGUGAUGUUGGCUUUGGAGCGGCGUCGCCCACCUGGUAACCAUAAAUGCUGAUUAGAUUCCGGCUUACACC